GUAACAGGACUAACUACUUAGUACCUAAUUAGUAGUUACAACUCUUAUAUAUUUGGAUUUUGUAAAAUUCACAUUAAUUUAGUAUUUAGUACUUCUUAUUGAUUAUUGACUAUAAUUUUGUAUUUUGAUGUUUUCAAAUUUUAACCUUAUCAAUAGGGUGUUUUGGAUGGUGUAACGUUAUAGAGUUUUUAAAUUAGUAUUUGCCUCUGCUUAAAAGCAAUAUUCAAGUAUGUCGACUAUUUUGGAAAGGAUUACUGCCAUCGAGGCCGAGAUGGCUCGAACUCAAAAAAAUAAAGCUACAGCUGGACAUUUGGGCUUGUUAAAGGCACGUAUUGCAAAGUUACGUCGGGAACUUAUUACACCAAAAGGUGGUGGCGGUGGCACUGGAGAAGGAUUUGAUGUUGCUAAAACUGGAGAUGCUAGAAUUGGAUUUGUAGGUUUUCCUUCUGUUGGGAAGUCAACUUUAUUGAGUAACUUAGCUGGUGUUUAUUCGGAAGUUGCUGCCUAUGAGUUUACUACGUUAACAACUGUUCCUGGGUGUAUUAAAUAUAAAGGAGCAAAAAUCCAGCUUCUAGAUUUGCCUGGUAUCAUUGAAGGUGCUAAAGAUGGUAAAGGUCGAGGUCGUCAAGUUAUAGCUGUAGCUCGUACAUGCUCAUUAAUUUUUAUAGUCUUAGAUGUUCUUAAGCCUUUAAAACAUAAAAAAUUGAUUGAACAUGAAUUGGAAGGUUUUGGACUUAGACUGAAUAAACAGCCGCCCAAUAUUGUAUUUCGUAGAAAAGAUAAGGGUGGUAUAAACUUACAAACUAUGGUACCUCAAAGCGAAUUGGAUUUAGAUACCGUAAAAACCAUAUUGUCUGAAUAUCGUAUUCAUAAUGCUGAUAUAACUCUUCGGUAUGAUGCCAACUCUGAUGAUCUUAUUGAUGUAGUGGAAGGAAAUCGCAUUUAUUUGCCAUGCAUUUACAUUCUGAAUAAAAUAGAUCAAAUAAGCAUUGAAGAAUUAGAUAUAAUUUAUAAGAUACCACAUACUGUACCCAUAAGUGCUCAUCAUAAAUGGAACUUUGACGACCUCUUAGAAAAAAUGUGGGAGUAUUUGAAAUUAGUUAGAAUCUACACAAAGCCAAAAGGUCAACUUCCAGAUUAUGGAUCGCCUAUUGUUUUACAUAACGAAAGAAAAAGUAUUGAAGAUUUUUGUAAUAAACUUCAUCGAACAAUUGCUAAAGAGUUUAAAUAUGCCCUUGUUUGGGGUUCAUCUGUAAAACACAUGCCACAAAAAGUUGGAAAAGAUCAUGAAUUAAAUGAUGAAGAUGUUGUACAAAUUGUGAAGAAAAUAUAAAAACUUUCUGAUACACAAAAAAAAAAAGAAAUUAUUAAACAAUGUUACUUUCAAAAGUUUAGAAUGUUAGUUUUUGACUAAUUAUUAUCGCUAUCACUAUGAAUACUUCCUGACUUCUCUGCUCUCGAAGUUGAUAGAUCACCAUCAGAGGCUAAAACAUUAGAAUCUUCUUCAUCAUCUAACAUUAAAUCGGAAUCUGUGUCGCUGUCUGAUAGUCUGUCAAACAUGCCACGAUUUCUAUUUGUUGCAGCACUACUAACUAUAAAUUACAACAAUUAUGAAUUGUUAAGUGAAUAUGUAACUUAAUAAUAUAAAUGCUUUAAUUUUUUUUUUAA